CGGAUACUGGCCCAGUGUGGGGGGCCCAGCCUCCUCGGUCGCAGUGGAUCUGCGGCCGAGGUGGAUGAAGGUCCUGCUCUGCCCACCACGGUGUACAAGAAACACAGCCCCAACAGCCGACUGGCUCUCUAUUUGAGUACGCGAGAGUUCGUGCUUUCAUCGAAUCGCGUGUCGAGCAUCGACGGUGUGGUAUUGGUGGACCCGGCCUACUUGAAGGACCGUCGCAUCUUUGCCAUGGUGCUUCUCACCUUUCGCUACGGACGAGAGGACGAAGAAGUCAUGGGGCUCAAGUUCUUUACCGAAGCCAUCUUAGAUUUCAAGCAGGUGUAUCCGGAAGGCACGACAACAAACAGCGGUCCAGUCGAAGAAUUGACAGUACUGCAACAGAACUUAAUCAAGAAACUUGGAUCCGACGCCUACCCCUUAACGCUACGUGUAUCCCCCCAAGCACCACCCUCGGUGAGAUUGCACCCGGCAAGGCCUUAUCAAGGGAGUCCCUUGGGUGUCUCCUACGACCUCAAGGUCUUUAUCGGGGAGCGCUCAGACGAGAAACCCCAAAAACGUGACACCGUCCGCAUGGCACUGCGCUGUGUCCAGUACGCCGAACCAGCCGGUGUCCCGUCACCGCCACCCCCGACAGCGAGUGCCCACAAAAGCUUUGUCCUCUGCCCUGGCCGCCUGGACGUGGAAGCAACUCUGGACAAGGAGACGUACCACCAAGGCGAUGCAAUCCAUAUCCACGUCGCCAUCAAGAACGGCUCCUCCAAGACUGUGCAGCGCGUUAAGGUGGCCGUGCUACAGCACGUUCACGUGUGCAUGUUCACCCAUGGCCGGUUCAAGAACAUCGUCGGCAGCGGAGACACUGGGACGGGCCGCGCCGUCCUGCCCGGGGCCAGUCUGUCCAGGGAGUUCAUGGUUCGUCUUGAGAGCUGCGAAAAGUUCCCCGUGGCACUGGCCAUCGAGAGCGAGUUCCACGAUGCAGAAGGCUACAACCUCUCCUCCACGACCCUUCUGGCCAAUCCAAAGGACAAGAAUCCGUACGGUGUUAACGUCAGUUAUGAAGUGAAAGUCAAAGCGAUCCUUAGCUGCAUUGAUCGUCCCAUUGUUCUUAGACUGCCUUUCAAAGUUGUACAGCGAAGGCCUCCCGAAGGGGUCGUUAGGCCACCCAUACCAAAAGACGCGGAUUGUGUUUCGGAAGAUAUUUCGCGCCUCGUGGUUCAUUCGCCGGAAGUGACGGACAUAAGCUAACUGGAGUGACAAUUCUUUCACUUGUACGCGAUUCUCAAGAGAGGACAGAAUGUGAGACACUUUGGUUUCUAGGAGUGUUGUCAUGAUUCACUAAAAGUUAGAAUAUGAAAUAAGGGACCAAAUUUACACAAACCGCGUCGUUUAAAGCAGCUUGAAUUUUGCGCUAUUCUGUUUCAUAUUCGACGUCUCUUCAGAGGGGUGACCGUAUUUGCAGAGUGCAUAUGUUCUAAUUAUCUGUUUUCCUUGUGCAUACUGUAAUCUAUGUAAGAGGCGAUGAAUAUCUGUUAAAUCGCCACCCUUGACUCUCGUGCCUUGCCUUCAGAAUUCUACAGAAUUUGUGCCAUUGAAAUAUGACGUCACGUUAUGAUGGUGUUUUUCUUUUGCAAAGCAAAAGGGAUUGUGACUAUGAUGCGCCAAACAGUAGCGUAUGAAGCAGACUAGUUUAAAAUUGCAAUGGUCAAGUUAAAAUAAUGGCGUAAAAAUGUACGUAAAAUUCAUAUCUAAUUUUCAGAGGCCUGGUGUAAAGGUACAGCCAGGAGCUCCAUUACCUUCAAAUACUCAGGACUGCGCCACCACAUGUCGGUCCAUAGACGGUGCGAGGUAGAUGGAUUCUCCAAGUUUGCUUGCAAUGCAUUCGAAACACAAGGGAAAAGCGUGGUAUGGAGAAAUUCUCUCCACUUUCAACCUGGUCCUGCGGCCAACGAUGGAGUGUCGAGCACGGUCCGUGAGCGAGCCUUGGUAGGAAGAACUGUUCGCGGAACCUCGGUUGAGAAACAGAAUAUCCCUCGUGUGAAUACACGCUUAAAAACACCAUGGAUUAACACCUGUGUUUGUCUGAUCCUUCAUGUCCUCGUUGUUGCGCUGUAUCGUUUUGAGUAUGUAACAACUCGCCCAACUCCUCGCAUUAACCAUGGAAUAAUUCAGAUGGCACUUGGACUAAAACGGGCGGGAAAACCUGUAUACAGGGUGUCCCACCGAAAAAGGGCCAGGGGAAAAGACGGAGUGCUGGACACAAAUGUACGUGUUUAGCAGUUGUGUGGUCUAUCCAAAAAUAGUUUUUUCAUCGCCCCUUGUUAAUUAAUUAGCGGUAAUUAAUUUUCUAACUUUUCAAUUAUAAAAGCUACGAAG